GCUCCUCCACCAUGUAUCGUGCAAUCGCCUCGACUUCUGCGCUCCCGCGCGCGCGCAUCUAUGCGCCGCUCUCUACGCCCAACAUCAAGGACCUCACCUGCGUGUCCAACAACGCCGGCGUGGGCGACCGCGGCCUCGCUGCUGGGCACGGGCCAGAUCGGCGCGAUGAUCUCGUCGUUCAUCGGCUCCAACAAGACGUUCGAGCAGGCGUACCUUACCGGCAAGGUCGGCCUGCAGCUCACGCCGCAGGGCACGAUGGUGGAGCGCUGCCGCGCCGGCGCCUUUGGCAUCCCGGCGUUCUACACGCCCACCGGCUACGGCACCGCCGUGCAGACGGGCGAGCUCGUGUCGCGCUACGAGCGGCGCGAGGAGGGCGACACGAGCGCGCCGAAGCCCAAGGAGUACGCCAAGCCGCGCGAGAGCCGCGAGUUCAACGGCAAGGGCUACAUCCUCGAGGAGGCCAUCCACGCCGACGUCGCGCUCGUGCACGUCUGGAAGGCCGACCGCAUGGGCAACUGCAUGUUCCGCUACACGGCCGCCAACUUCGGCGCUGCAUUCGCCAAGAACGCCAAGAUGACGAUCGUCGAGGCCGAGGAGAUCGUCGAGACGGGCUCGCUCGACCCCAACACAAUCCACCUGCCCUCGAUCUUCGUGAACCGCAUCGUGCAGGCGACGAAGCCCAAGGACAUCGAGGUCGUCACGCUCUCGGAGCCGGCGUCGGAGAAGAAGGACGCCGCGGCGGCGCCCAAGGAGAAGUCGGACGCGCGCAUGCGCCGCGAGCGCAUCGUCUCGCGCGCCGCCAAGGAGUUGCAGCACGGCGACUAUGUGAACCUGGGUGUGGGCAUGCCGUCGCUUGUGCCGUCGUUCCUGCCCAAGGGCGUCGACGUGGUGCUGCACUCGGAGAACGGCAUCCUCGGCAUGGGCCCCUACCCGACCAAGGAGCAGCUCGACUCCGACCUCGUCAACGCCGGCAAGGAGACGGUCACGCUCCUCCCCGGCGGCUCGACGUUCGAGUCGAGCGAGUCCUUCGGCAUGAUCCGCGGCGGCCACGUCGACGUGACGAUGCUCGGCGCGCUGCAGGUCGGCGCCAACGGCGACCUGGCAAACUACAUGAUUCCCGGCAAGCUGGUCAAGGGCAUGGGCGGCGCCAUGGACCUCGUCUCGUCGCCUGACCACACCAAGGUCGUCGUGCUGACGGACCACGUCGACAAGAACGGCCGCUCCAAGAUCGUCCAGGAGACCAAGCUGCCCCUGACUGGCUCGCGCUGCUGCAGCCGCAUCAUCACCGACCUCUGCGUGUUCGAUGUCGACCGCAAGAAGGGCGAGCUGACGCUCAUUGAGCUGAUGGAGGGCGUGACGCUCGACGAGGUCAAGCAAAAGACCGACGCUACCUUCCACGUCGGUCCCGGCGUGCAGCAGUAGGCCUGCAGCGCCGCGAGUCCCGCAGGCGUAGACUGGAGGGAGAGGGGUUGUGCUAGCCAAUGCAUUUUC